AUGACCUUUUGGCCAUUUCUAGCCCUGGCAUGCGCAUAUAGAGUUUGCUUCCAGGCAUCAACCCAGGCGUUUGCACAUCAGCUUCAGCAACCCGGAAGAAGAGCUGACAACAUUGUGACGCCUUUUGGAGACCGGCGCCCCACGCUGUGUCGAUGCAAUUCUGACACCUCGACAGAUGGGGCAUUUCUUCAGAAGAGGCGCAUCUCCUUGCUGCUUGGAGUGAAGCGAUCAGUGCUGUGCUUGGCGAUCUGCUUUCAGAGUCGGCCUGUGGGCGCCGGCUUGGGCAAGCUCCGCAUGCGGACACAACGGCCGAGUCAGGCUUCACUCGAGGGAAGGUGUAAGCUAUGUAUGUGCAGUGUCAACCAACGAAGUGACAAACAAGCAAAGCCUCACGCAGUUGGGCCGAAGGUCUAG